CUGUAGUACGCACACUCAUAUGCUGCCUUAUAAUUUAAAUCAUUUGAAAAAUAUCGUGUAACGAUUAUGCUUCGGGUGUAGUCAGUUUUCAGUGAGAAUUUACGCUCAAGUGCGACUCUUAUUUUGAAAAUGGCGGACUCCUCAGACUUUACGGUUGCUGAGUGUCUUUGUUUACGUUCCCUGCUCAAUCGCACUGAAAUGUUGAGAUGAGUAAACUUAAUUUUCUGAGCGGAUUCAUAAAUGUAAUAUAAUACCAGUGGUUAUUAAAGCUAGUUUCAUUACAGCAGGUGGAGGAAGCGUUAUGUCAAGAUGGACCAAACAAUGCGUGAUAAUCUCUUGCAUCUGGUUGAAGAGUUGACUACGUCUGGAGAACCACAAUUAAAUCAAGACAAAAUGAAGGAAGUGAAGAAAAUAUGCAAAGUUUCCACUGAUUACGUUGAUCAUUUCUACCACUUGAUUAUGACCCAGCUGAAUCAAGAGCAUGCAGAGAUCCGUCUCUCUGCCUUUCAAAUGGUCAAUGAGAUUUUCAGCAGGUCUCAUCACUUCAGAGGUCUUCUCAUCACAAAUUUUCAGGAGUUUCUGGAACUUACAGUAGAAACGGAUGCUGAGCAACCGUUGCCUCCACCCAAAGAGGUGGCGAGAAAACUAAGGACACUUGCCAUUCAGACUGUGCAGUCUUGGCACGCCACGUAUGGAGAGGCGUACAAGAAACUGUCUCUGGGAUAUCACUUUCUUAAGCAGAUUAAAAAGGUAGAUUUUCAUGAUGUUGAAGCAAGAACACUGGCUGAGAGAAAAAGACAAGAGGAGAAACAGAAGAGGUUGGAAAGAAUUUACAAAGAGAAGCUUGAAAAGGCCAAACGGGAAAUGGAGGAAAUGACGACUGAGAUUGAGGAAAACCUGACUGAGAUGAACAACUGCAUAAAACUGCUUGCAACCGGUGACUUAAACCUGUUUAACGAGGAAGCAUCGGUUGCUAACACCUCUGCUGGAGCUGACAACGUAUCAGAGCAACCCUGCUGCAGUAAGGACCUGAGCAAUGAGCAGAAUGGAAAGAUGACAGAGAAGACAAACGAUGAAGGGCAAACGGACAAAUGUAGUGACGAGAGCGACGCGGAGGAAGUUCCCGAUGAGGACGCGUUUCUCCGCAGCACUGGUUUAAUGUCUUAUAGAUAUCAGCUGGAGCUCAGUGUGUCCACAGAUUUAAAAUUGAGGGAGACCGAAGAGAAUGAAGCGAUAGUAAACACUGUGAGGGAUCUCCAUAGACUCAUCACAAGCAGACACCUGCCUCUGGUGCAGUCCUGGAUCCAGGUCUUUACAAAGGUGGGUGUUGAGGAACAACUCAUGAGGAGAGCCACCGAGUUAAAGAAAUCCCUGGAGCAUGUCUUGAGAAAACACGAGUGUCUUCAUAUAGACUACAAAAACAGAGAAAGAAGAGUGAUGAGAGCUCCCGAGGAUGGAGAAGAUGACGACGACGAUUUUGUAGACGUGCCGGAAAAGGAGGGCUAUGAACCUUUCAUUCCUGAACAUCUGCGUGCAGAGUAUGGACUCGAUGAAACUCCCUCAAUGUCCACUUCUGGGGUCAAAACCAAGCCAUCAAAACCUGCAGUCAAACGUCCUGUUCCUCUCGUGUCCUCCAGUCUCGCUCGACUCAAGAGGAAGUUGUGUGAUGAAGACCAGGACCCCACCUGUGCUGCUGCAACGCUGCGUGUGCUCAAACAGAGGAUUCAAGCUACUCCUUCAACAAGUGUGUCCGCGGUGUGCAGCAGUGACCAGGGGGCCGUAAACGAAGCCUCUGUUAAGGCCCCUGUUGUUCCGUUCGGUGUGGAUCUGUACUACUGGGGAGAGGAGCAGCCCACUGCUGGCAAAAUCAUCAAGAACACAUCACAGCACCAGUUCUGGGUCCCUCAUGAGGUGGAGGAGGAAGUAGAAAAUGAGGAACUGUCUGCAGAGAUGAGGUCUAGAUAUAUCACCUUUGCUGGGAAAUUUAAACCCGUGGAACACAAGUGCAAGGCACCAAUGCCCAAUGGAUCUCUGUGUGAACGCCAAGAUAGAGAAAAGUGCCCCUUCCAUGGACGCAUUAUCCCUCGGGAUGAGCUGGGCAGGCCUGUUAACCCAGAAGAUGCGCUGCAGUUGGAGAAGGAAAAGAGGAAGCGUGAGGAGGAGCAGCCAGAUUGGCGAGACCCCGAGCUCAUGAGGGAGAUUGAAGCUGCAACCGGAGAAGACCUGGGCUCCUCAAAGACGUACGGGAAGGGGAAGAAGGGUAACAAAGGAAAGUCGAAGAAAAAGUACCCAAACCUAACAGACUUAAAGCAGAAUGCCAGUACAUCUCGUUCGAGACUAGAGAAGAAAGUCUUCAACAAAAGCUCCAUGAGACGAGUUACAGAGGUCAUGAACAGGAUGGACGAGAGGAAACAUGAGAAAUUUUCAAAUCAGUUUAACUAUGCACUGAAUUAAAGGAUGCAUCCAUACUGCCACGGCCCUGUGGUUUAGAGUAUUACUCAGAACAAAAGCUUAUCAAUACAAAACUGUGCCUCAAAUGAACUGUGAUCUUUGUCGUGUCAACUUUGGAUUGUCUUUUGUAAUACCUGAAUAAGUGUAUUAAUUUAUUUUGUUUUGCAUGGUAUAAGUGAAGUCAUUUUAAAUCUUAAUCUAUUGUAUUGUCUUUGCUAUAUUGUAGCAGAUCUGUAUGUAAUGUAACAUAUAAAAUACAACAGUCUUUUUAAAGAAA